AGUUUUAUCCCACGUAUGUAUUUUUUGUUACAGUUUCCAACUCAAUAAGAAAUUAUCCAUAAAAUCUGAGACACAUGACCAGCUUUUAUAUUACUGAUGUACACUGGGUGUAAAACAGAAGCAGAGCAACAUCGCUUGCAUUUCACCCAGUAAACUCAAAUCAUGCAAGUAUUUGCACAACACACCUCCCUAUUUUCAUUUCCUCCAGUAUUCAGUCUUGCAUUUCCACUCAUGCAACAGUUUUAGUGUUAUGUUCAUUCACAGAUCUGAUCAAAUUAUUAAACAUCUGCAGUGGAUUUAAAUGAAAAAAUAUACAUUAGAUUGCCUAGCAAAAUGGAUUAAGAAAUGACAUAAAACGCAUAAAGAAGAAAUGUGAUGUGUGAGUAUAUCAACGCCUGUCUUGUCUCAUGUAAUUUAUUGCUUAUGAGGUAAACAGCACACUUAUGUCUCACUGAAGUGUAUUCUUUGUGCAUCCGUCCGUGCUUUAAUCUUUUCCAACAGAUGAUUUGAGAUUUUCUGAUUUGAGUAUUUACUUUUAAAUGCGUGACUAUCAAUAUCACAGUUUCCUUAUUCGUUAUUUACUUUUAUGCAUAAAUUGAAUGCGCAUAUGCACGGAACAAUCUUUUAUAAAAAAAACAUUUUUUUUUUUUUCUCAAAGAUAUUUGCUACCUUUUCCCCUUUAAAUUCAUCGCAAACGUUGUAGUGCAUGCAAUAUUGCAUUGUUUUAUUUGCACUAAAGCGGAUACAGACAAGCAGCGCGCCGGUCUAUCAGGUGCCGUGUGUGUUUGUGCGUGUGUAUGUGUGAGUGUGUGUGUGCGUGCGUGCGUGUGUGUAAGACAGCGGCUCGCGAUGUCCACGCUCUCCACCACUGUUCUGGUGAUCCGAUAGUUGUGAAAAGCCACCACUAGUCGCCCCCAGUGCUCUUGCAGUCUCCAAUUUUCUUUCCCACUGUAGACUUAACGUCACGUCCGCACUUGAACUUGAAUUUUAUCCCAUUGUACGGAGGCAGCCCUCGCCACAGAGACACAGAGAGCUCCCGGAGAAGCAGGACUCCGCCAUCUUCAUAGAGGCAGAAAAGGGAGAAAAAAAAGCUUCAUUCAUUUGGAAAGGAGGUGGCAAGUCCAUGUCCCUGGUCUCCAGUGCGCAAAGCCGAAUAGGGGAGCAAGUGCAAAGAGUUGGAGAGAGUGCAAAGUAACCGGGCAUCGCAUGCACUUAGAGCCCAGGAGAGAAGAAGAACUGUCCAGUGCUUGGCACACUCAAGUGCCAACUCAAGGAGAAACUGGAUUCGUUUCAUCCAAUCUAAGAAGCGCAGACCGGACGAAGAGAGAGACACCAGAGGGUCCAACCUACCCAAACGCACCGGGCAUCACGUUCUGAGACAUUUCCAGUGGUUUCUUCACAACUGUCACUCGUCAAGGAUAUUUUCGCCCUCGGACAGAUCGCGCUCGGCACACAGCUGAAGUGCAUGUGUGUGUCGCUGAGGUACUGAGCGUCUGCGCGUCUCUGGUCAUCUGGAGUGCCGGAGCGCAAAGACACUUUCGCUUCUCUCACAUACACGGGACCCCUAUCUGUAUCCACGGCCCGGAGCUGUGGCAGUUCUUUGGAAGUCCCAGGAAAAGUUAGUUACCGAGGGGGGAAAAAGCCCACGCCACGGACACGGAGGACAGAAGGCGAGAGCCGACUAUUCCUUGUGCGGGUCUCUGGGCGAUGCCAGUGUAAAUGCCAGGGCAAUGUCCCGUCGCAAGCAGGGAAACCCUCAGCAUUUGUCGCAAAGAGAAAUUAUAACACCGGAAGCUGAGCAUGUGGAUGCGGGGCUGGCCGUGGCUGAUCUCCACUCGCACCCUCACCCGCUGCUGGAUCCCAGCAUGUCUGGGCCUCUGCCUCCGGGCCUGGGCGACCACGACCUCCUCACCUGUGGCCAAUGCCAACUAACCUUCCCACUGGGGGACAUUCUGCUCUUCAUCGAGCACAAGAAAAAGCAAUGUCAGGGUCUGACGACCAGCCACGGUUGCUACGACAAGAUGGCGGACCGCAAUAGCCCCUCGCCGCCCCGCGCAGAGCUGAGGAAAGUGGUGGAACCGGUCGAAAUUGGAAUCCAGGUGACACCUGAAGAAGAGGACGAGAGACUGUUGACGCCCCCAAAAGGAAUUUGCCCCAAGCAAGAAAGUGGCCUGGCAGGUAGAGAUGAACCUUCGAGUUACAUAUGCACGACGUGCAAACAGCCCUUUACCAACGCCUGGUUCCUUCUGCAACACGCUCAGAACACGCAUGGGAUCCGCAUCUACUUGGAGACCAACCCCUCGAAUACCUCCCUGACUCCACGGAUCACUAUUCCUCCUCCCAUUGGUGCUGAAUCCAUACCACAGUCCCCGUUAACCAACUUUUUAGGGGACAACAACCCCUUCCACCUCCUACGGAUGACUGGGCCCCUACUCCGAGAGCCCCCACCGGGCUUUGUGGAAAACCGACUCCCUAACACGCCUCCCUUCGUCAGCCCUCCUCCUCGCCAUCACUUAGAUCCCCAUCGCCUAGAACGCCUUAGCGCAGAGGAAAUGGGUUUAAUCUCCCAGCAUCCCAGUGCCUUUGAGAGAGUGAUGCGCAUGACACCCAUGGCCAUGGAGUCCCAGUCCAUGGACUUCUCCCGCCGACUUAGAGAGCUCGCUGGAAACAACAACUCCACUCCGCCGCUGUCGCCAAGCCGUGCCAACCCUAUGCAUCGCCUCCUCAAUCCCAAUCCCUUCCAGCCCAGCCCGAAGUCGCCCUUUCUGAGCACCCCUCCGCUGCCUCCCAUGCCCCCUAACAGCACCACCCCACCACAGACACAGGGCAAGUCGAAGUCCUGUGAGUUCUGUGGCAAGACCUUCAAGUUUCAGAGCAAUCUGGUUGUUCAUCGGCGAAGCCACACGGGUGAGAAACCCUACAAGUGCCAACUGUGUGACCAUGCCUGUUCUCAGGCUAGCAAACUGAAACGCCACAUGAAGACCCACAUGCACAAGUCUGGCUCCAUGACGGGGCGUUCUGACGACGGCCUGUCCGCCACCAGUUCGCCCGAGCCGGGCACUAGUGAUGUCACCGGGGAGGGCAUGAAGAACAGAGACGGCGAUUUUAGAGGUGAGGGCAUGGGCCCUGAAAAUGAAGAGGAGGAGGAAGAGGAAGAAGAGGAGGAACUAGAAAACGAAAGCAGGCCCGAGUCGAACUUCAGCAUGGACUCUGAGUUCAGUCGGAAUAGGGAAAAUGGCUCGAAGCCCCCUUCGGAUGAGAAGAACCUCUCCUUGGGGAAGAUGGUGGAAAACGUAGGGCUCAGCUCCAUCCAGCAGUACAAUAACUUAAUAGUCGACAAUCGGAAAAGGCUUCCAUUCUCCAAAAGGAUGUCAGAAGGGCAGAGGGAUGCGGGCGACAACGAUUCGGUAGCAGGGGAAAUGGACCAAGUGGAGCGGGCAACUGUGAACGGAAGGAACUGUGGCUCAGGCGACUCUUUCUCAGGCCUGUUUCCCCGCAAGCCCACUCCCAUCACCAGCCCGAGCCUCUCCAACUCCUCUAACAAGAGGAUCAAAAUCGAAAAGGAUUUGGACAUACCCCCAGCCCCCCUAAUCCCAUCUGAAAACGUCUACUCCCAGUGGCUAGUGGGCUAUGCAGCAUCCCGCCACUUCAUCAAAGAUCCCUUUCUUGGCUUCACCGAUUCCAGACAAUCUCCAUUCGCCACCUCCUCGGAGCACUCUUCCGAGAACGGCAGCCUGCGAUUCUCCACGCCGCCAGGGGACCUGCUGGACGGGGGCCUCUCCGGCCGCAGUGGUACCGCUAGCGGAGGCAGCACCCCGCACUUGGGUGGGGGGCCAGGGCCGGGCCGGCCCAGCUCAAAAGAAAGCCGGAGGAGUGACACCUGUGAGUACUGUGGGAAGGUUUUCAAGAACUGUAGCAAUCUGACAGUGCACAGACGCAGCCACACAGGCGAGAGGCCCUACAAGUGUGAGCUUUGCAACUACGCCUGCGCCCAGAGCAGCAAGCUCACCCGCCACAUGAAGACACACGGCCAGCUCGGUAAGGAAGUGUACCGCUGUGACAUUUGCCAAAUGCCCUUCAGCGUCUACAGCACGCUCGAGAAACACAUGAAAAAGUGGCAUGGGGAACAUUUGAUGACGAAUGAGGUCAAAAUUGAACAAGCAGAGAGAAGCUAAGCCAGAUUUCCUAUUUUGCCUCACAAUUCCUUGAUUAUAAAAAGGGGUAGCUGGAUACUCUGUUUUUUCAUUUGGUUGUUGUUUUGUUUUGUUUUUUUUGGUUGUUUGUUUUCAAGUUAAUGGUUUGAGUUAGUUUUGUCCUAAGAAACUGCCAUCUGAGAAUGAUAAAGACAUUAAAGAAGAAGCGGAAAAUGCAAGAAAAAAAAGAGGAAAUUUAAUUUGGAGCCGGUAUAAACCGCCUAUCUAUGAGUGGAUACAUUAGACGAUAUUUUAAAUGGAGCCUUUAACUGUGCAAUAAUUUCUGUAUUUAUUGGAGGUUUUUUUUUUAAUGUUUUGGCAUGUGCAGGUUAAUUUUUAUUUCAUCAUUUUUUAUUCCAUUAUCUUAUGAUUUAUUUCAAAAGCUGAGAUUUAGUUUAAACCCAAAAGACAUCCUGAGAUUUUUUGUUUGUUUGUUUUUAGCAAAACAGAGUAUCGUUUGAGAAAUCCAUAGGGCGCUGCUUACGAUUUGUAGAUUAUUUAAGCUAGACAUGUAAUUUCUUGAAGAGAAGCCGCAUUCAAUCUUCAAAUUUUGCAAGCUGAACUGAGAAAGCUAUGUCUUUCUUUUUGUUUUCCUUUUUGUUUAUUAUUAAUUCUUACGAAAUGAGCGGACAACAAUCCUUAGACCUUGUAGCACGAACUGAUUUUAAGCAUGUCAAUCUAAUUGGGAAUGUAGCACUGAAUAUCAGUUCCAACAGUAAAUCUGUGGGGCUGAAAACCUCCGUCUACUCAAAAUCAAGGAGAGGAGACUAUAAAAACAGACAAAAGUGAAGGCAGCUGCUCAUCGGUACCUUGUACCGACCCAGACAACGCUAGUCAUAGGAUGGAUUGUGUUAUAGGUCUCACUAGGUCUCGAUAGUGAAUUUUAAGCGCCAGCACUCUUUCCAUAGACACUGCACUUAAUCGAACCCAUUUGAUUUUGCUGAACAGCACAAUAGUGGUAGAAGGAAGACGGCUUUUAAACAACUCAGGGUGAGCUCCAUAGCUACUUCUGCCAAGUCUGCCAUCUGAUCUCAGCCGUCUUCUCUGAUAAAGCAGUCCGGUCCUCUGGUUCAGCUCAUUCACAACCCUCGCCUUGUCUCCACACUUCAUAUUACACUGCCAACUACCCCUAAAUGUCAUGAAUCAACUCCAUCUUUCACAUAAAAGUGGCCUGUCAUACUACAUCGUUGUUAAGUUAAAGGGACAGACGUUUAGGCCAGAGGAUGAAGCAGUUUUUCGUACACUAGGAGAGUGAUUUAAACACACAUACACGUGCACACACACACCCACACACACACACAGGAAGAGAAAGAGAGAGAAAGGUCUUUACAGUCCAAUUCGAAAAGCACAUUAGUCAAAAGCAAGGCAGCACCACUGUUCUGUUUCCAUUGACUGACAUUUAAAUCUAAACAUUGUUAUUUUGUGUUCAGUUCUGUUGUUUCAUUUUUGGGUAUUAGGGUCUGCGGUUCUAGAGGGAGUCACCACUUUAACCAGAUUUGAUUAGAAUUAAUUCAAUUAUGUGUUCAGCAAUGUUGUCAUUCUAUUCUAAUGUUUCUUAAAUCACUUGAAACAGCCCUAUGCAUUUUUGUACAUAGAUAUAUUUAUCAAUCAUUUUGAGAAACAAAUUUAUACUGCACAGCAAAUCUGAUUAUAGUUAAAAACGUGUAUGAAAUUGACUUAUCUGGUUAAUCUGGUCAUGUCCCGUGUGUCAGAGCCAUCAGCAGGUAUGCAGAUUAGUCAAUUGCACAGUAAAGAGUGUAUGUCAUGACCUGUUGAGCGUGUGCUAAAACAGUAAGACAAUUUUUUUCUUUCUUUCUUCUCAUUCAGGACUUCCUGUGAUGUGUAGUUGAACGCAUUCUCAGAAGUAGCAACACGCUUACAGAAUGCACAGCUGAAUUUUCCCUUUUCUUUUCUCUUCUAUCCAACUGAUUUAUUGGCAGUUAAACAGCCUUCUUUCAACAAGAUGCCCUAACCAGCGCAAACGAUUGAAGCGAGGGAAUAUCGUGGUUUAAAAAGAGCAAAGCAAACUAAUGAAAUAGAAAGAGAGAGAGAGAGAGAAAGAAAAGUAAACAUACACAGCUCUUCGCAGUUGACCCGCACUUUAUUAUUUUGAUUUACAUAUUUGAAAACAAUAGCGAAAACGGCUUCUGAGCAAGAAAUUAUGUUAAAAUACGAAUUUAUUGGGCCUUGCUAGAGGGAGCAUCUGAGAUUGAAGUGCCAGCGUUGAUAGGCUUGGCUUUCACAAUGCUGGCACUAUAAAAAUGAAAUUAAUUUAUUUGGACAGUUUUUGUACUGCCAUUCAAUUUGACAUGAGUGUGCCUUGAAUACUGAUCUUCCUAUUUAUUGUCUUAUAAGACAAAUGCAACACUUUUGUGAAGCAAAGAAUUGAAAAAGAAAAAAAAAAAAAAUUAAGUCCAUGUGAUUUUAAUCUGCUUCUAAAAGAAUAAUGAUAAAAAACAGAUACGUAGGUCACUUAAAGAACUAUGUUGAACUAAAAUGAAUAGUAGCCAGCACAAUACUAAUGUGUGUCUAUGUGUGUAUAUAUGUAUGCAUAUGUACAUAUAACUGCACAAAAACACACACAAUAGACAAAUAUAUAUAAAUAUAUAUAUAUGUAAAAUUUUCACUUCAGGACAAGACUGCGUCCCUUGAAAAUAAUGGAUGAUUCUUUUGCUACAAAUAGUCAAGGAAGAGACUGGACAAAAAUCAGGAACUACAGAAACUUUAAACAAAAAAAAAAGAAAAAAGAAAAAAAAAAAAAAAAAAAAAAACGUUUAGUGCACUCUGUCUUAAAAUACGUUUACAGUAUUGAAACAAGUACAAGGGUAAAAUGAUAUUUCUGUGUAUGUGUGUUUUAAACAAACAAGAGUUUUUCUUUUCUUUUUUUUUUCCAAGUUUGCUUAUAAAGUUUCUCUGAAUGCCAUAGUGGCGUGUGUAUAUUGGUUUUUGGUGACGGGAUUUUAAGUAUAUAUAUAUAUAAAUAUAUAUAUAUAUAUAUAUAAAA